GAUUAGCUCGGCUCAACGCGCUCUGUAGACACUGAGAACAGCUCGUUCGUUUUUAACGGACGGACGGACGAGGCUCCUUCUUUCUCCUUUUUAUUUUGCCCGUCGGGAUCUUACGCGGCUCGGUUCUCGUGUACUUUGCGGCUCUUCAAGUUCAUAAGGAAUGCCCAGAGAGCUGACCCAGAACAGGAUCCAAAAGAUCUGGGUGCCCACGAAGGAUGACAAGCCGGCACCUCGGAGAGCGUCCGGCGGCCCCCACUUCGCCAACGCCCCUACCGUCAUCGUGAUGGUGGGUCUCCCGGCUCGGGGCAAGACGUACAUGUCUAAGAAACUCACACGCUACCUCAACUGGAUCGGCAUGCCCACCAAAGUCUUCAAUGUGGGAGAGUACCGCAGGGAGGCGGUCAAGAACUACAGCUCCUAUGACUUCUUCAAGCCUGAUAAUGAGUGUGCCGUGAAAAUCAGGCAGCAAUGUGCCUUAGCAGCCUUGAGGGAUGUCAAGUCCUAUUUGAAGGACGAGGGAGGCCAAGUGGCGGUCUUUGAUGCGACAAACACAACAAGAGAAAGGCGAGAUAUGAUCCUCCAGUUUGGCAGUGAGAAUAGCUUCAAGAUCUUUUUCAUCGAGUCUGUGUGCGACGACCCCAGCGUCAUCGCGUCCAACAUCAUGGAAGUGAAGGUGUCGUGUCCCGACUACCGGGACUGCAACAAGACUGACGCCAUGUUGGAUUUCCAGAGGAGAAUUGAAUGCUACAAAACCAGCUACCAACCUCUGGACCCUGAUCAGCACGACAGGGAUCUCUCCUUCAUCAAGGUGAUAGACGUAGGCCGGCGUUUCCUCGUCAACCGUAUCCAGGAUCACAUCCAGAGUAAGAUCGUCUACUACCUGAUGAACAUCCACGUCCAGCCUCGCACCAUCUACCUGUGUCGGCAUGGAGAGAGCACCGACAACCUGGAGGGACGGCUGGGUGGUGACGCGGGCCUCUCAUCGCGGGGGAAACAGUUUUCGGUUGCUCUGGCUCGGUUUGUGGAGGAGCAGCAGCUGAAGGAUUUGAAGGUUUGGACUAGCCAGCUGUGCCGCAGCAUCGAGACUGCAGAGCACCUGGGAGUCCCGUACGAACAGUGGAAAGCUCUCAAUGAGAUAGAUGCUGGAUUGUGUGAAGAGAUGACGUAUGACGAGAUGAAGGAGAAAUUCCCAGAGGAGUUUGCUUUGAGGGAUGAAGACAAAUACUACUAUCGCUAUCCUGCUGGAGAGUCCUACCAGGACCUGGUCCAGCGAGUGGAGCCGGUCAUCAUGGACCUGGAGAGGCAAGAGAACGUCCUGGUUAUCUGCCACCAGGCUGUCAUGCGCUGCCUGCUCGCCUACUUCUUGGAUAAGAGUGCAGAGGAGAUGCCGUACCUGAAGUGUCCCCUCCACACAGUGCUAAAGCUCACCCCGGUCGCCUACGGGUGCAAAGUGGAGUCCAUCUCCCUGAAUGUGGAGGCUGUGAACACCCACAGAGACAGACCAGAGGAAGUGAAGAGGGGCCCUGGCACUCUGAUCAGGAGGAACAGUGUGACUCCUCUGACCAGCCCUGAGACAAACAUCAAGAAACCUCGUAUCGAUGACCUAGACGAGGCCCCGAUCCAGGAGCUGCCUCCAUCUGUUGCCUCUCUGGCACUCUGCAGCCCCUCACACCUUCCCCUCGCCCUGGCUGGACAGCACUGGCUGGGCAAAGUUUGCCUACGAACCAUCCUCCAAUAUCUGAAAGUGGUUUCACUGUUAGUCUUUCAAAGAACCUGAGAAAAAACUCAUCUGGUCGCCAUGACAUGCUGCAACCCUGCAAAUAAAAUUACAAGGACGUGGCUGAAGAGGCCAAAAAAUGGAUCGCUGAAAAAGACCCACUGUAGACAACAACGUGCAACAAAAAUGAAGAGUUAAAUUGAAGUUAUUUUUCAACAUUUUGGGUAAAGGUAUUAUUUUGCCAGCAAGUAACUUUACCUUUUAUUAUUCAAAAAGGUUUAAGGUUAUUUAAUUGUUGUCCUAUUUAUAUUCUAUGUUAUUUCAAAGCAAGACUCUUAAUUCUCCAUUUCUUGCCAUUGUCAGACAUUUUCUCUCUCUGAGACUGAAGAAUCUGUGUUUCGUAGGAAACCUCUAACAAAGUCGUGUAUCAUUCACUCAGACUGAAAGUGGUAAACUGUGACUCACCUAAAACAACAGUCAUUCCUGUUACAUCUUACACCUCAGAUGGCUCUCUAAGAAACCAGUUUCUACUGGUUUAUUGUUUUGGAGAGACCAAAGACAAACCCUCAUGCCUACGUAAAUCUCUCAGCCCAUCCUUUUUCCAACUCAUGGUUGCACUGUUGAUUUUAAAAAAAAGGUUAUAAUAUUUAGUUUACAUUGUAAACUAUUUGGCACUUCUUUGGAAGCACUGACAUUUUUCAUGCACGUUUUUCUAAAAUGUGCAAAGCGUCAUUAUUUAAUUGACUCCUUUGUAUGCUGACACUAUAAAAUGAGCGAUUAUUUUGCACAGUGGGGAUAAAUUUGUACUUUUUUUUGUGUCACUGUAUUUUUCAUGUCACAUUACUUUAAAGUAAUGGAGGUGAUUUUUGCCGUAGAGUGCCUGUAGUGCUUGUUUUGCAAGCCAGACGCUGCUUCUCUUGCCAUUUCUCUGGAAUUGAUUGCUCGAGAAGGGGCAUCACGUUUCACCUAAUAACUCCACAUAUCACGUCAAUAUUUAACUUUUCACAGUCUGAUUAUUUAUUUUUCAAUGUGGUUAGUUUCAACGCUACAGUGCUGAUCAUUCAACAGAAUUCUUAAUUUUUAAGUUUAUUCUACUUAAUUUCCUUAUGCUGUCUGCUACGCACAAAUGUAAGCACCUAUAUUUUUGUUAUCACAACAAUGCGUACUGUUAAUAAUAUUGUAAAUGUUAGUGUACAUACAAUAUAACUGGAGACGCAUGGGAGACGACUUCCUGGGAGUCUUUUAAUGAUGUGUGUAGAAGUAUUUUUGUACUAAUGGAAAACAUGAUCUGUUGAGAAAGAAGCCGCUGCUUACCUCUCUCAGUAAAACUUUUGUUAACAUGUUCGCUUGAGAUACUUGAAAUUCGUUUUUUUUAUGUAAAAACUGUUUUAUUAUAUUCUUUAUUUAUUUUUAUGUAGUUUUGGAUGCUUGGAGCGAGAGACACUUUGUUUUAAUCUGAGGGCUAUGCAUGAGAGGACAGUAUGUUGUACAGUUGAUUCUGCAUCUGCUGGACCAAUAAAUUAACUCCUGGAAAAUA